AUGAGAGACAGAGAGAUAGUGCAUCAUGGUGAUAUCAAGAUUGAAGUCUUUUGUGAUUCAGUUCCACUUGCUGCAGAGAACUUCUUAGCUCUAUGUGCAUCAAACUAUUAUGAUGGUACAUUGUUUCAUCGUAAUAUAAAGGGAUUUAUGAUACAGGGUGGAGAUCCAACAAAUACUGGACGUGGAGGACAGAGCAUUUGGAAGAGACCAUUCAAGGAUGAGUUUGUAUCUCAUCUCAAACACAACACCAAGGGUAUCCUAUCGAUGGCCAACAGUGGCGCCGAUACCAAUGGUUCACAAUUCUUCAUCACCUAUGGCAAGCAAAGACAUUUGAACAAACAAUAUACUGUGUUUGCCAAAGUAAUUGAUGGACUUGAUAUUUUGGAUCAGAUGGAGAAGGUACCAGUGGACAACAAGGACAAGCCACUCAAUGAUAUAAUAUUGAAGAAUGUUACUAUACAUGCCAAUCCACUGGCACUAUGA